AUGAGGCAACAGUUGGUCUGCGGGCGGCGUGGUGUGCGGAUCUGUGGCGCCCUAGAGAGAGAGAGAGAGAGAGAGAGAGAGAGAGAGAGAGAGAGAGAGAGAGAGAGAACCCGGUUGGCUGAGUGGUUGGGUAGCGGCCUGUCUACCCCUCCCGUCCUCCUCCUCCUUCUCCUCCAGGUCCUCCUCCUCCUCCUCGGACACUUGCGCACCCUCCUCCUCCUCCUCCUUCUCUUCCUCCUCCUCCUCCUCGCGUCUUCACACCUGUUGCCUCGAUUCUCCUCAAGAUGGGGGGCCGGACGGGCUACACCUGCGUCCGCCACACACUCUGCAUCCUCAACACCUUUAUGUGGAUCGUGGGCUGCUCCAUGCUGGGUGCCGGGAUAUGGCUGCGUCUGGCCUAUGGUGGCUAUGCGUCGCUCCUCCAUCAGUACUCGGCCAUCUCGGCGGACUCCCUGUGCCUGGCAGCUGGAAUCAUCACCUUCCUGCUGGCCUUCUGUGGCUGCUGUGGCUCCUGGUUUCAGAGUCGCUGCAUGCUCAUCACGUAUUUUGUGUUGGUGGUGCUGGUGUUCACGCUGCAGCUGGUGGCGGGCACGCUGGCCUUCGCCUUCCGCGGGGAGGUGUCUGCCACCCUCAUCAAGGAGCUGCAGGCUGGCAUACGCAGGUCCUUCAACGAGACAUCUGAGAACGCCGUGGCCAUCACCUGGAACCAUUUGCAGUCACAGUUUCAGUGCUGUGGCGUGGAGGGCCCCAGCGACUGGUUCAAGAUAGCCGCCUGGCCCCAAGAGGACUGGGUGCCUCAUGCUUGCUGCUACGCCAAGCUCACCUCCGAUCCAGAGUGUGGGCGAACCGGGGAUGCCGACCACUGGUACCAGGUGGGCUGCUACGUGCAGGUCAAGAUGUGGUUCAUUGAGCGCCUGCAUGUGGUGGGACUCAUCGGCAUGAUCCUUGCCUUCGUGCAGUUGUUCGGCAUGAUUGCCUCGCUGCUGCUGUUCUGCACAUUGGGCUACAAACGCCGCUCACACACCUACAAGUCCUACCACUCCGACACCUGACUGCAGGCCCCCGAGCUGGCACACUAGGCUGGGCCACUGACUCGGGGACCCAUCUGACAAAGCCACACACUGACACAUGAAUCAGUGUGCCACCUGGAUGUGUAUAAGGUGUAGCGUUGUUAUGUUUUACUGUGUGUGUGAUAGUGCCGUGAGGCCAUAAAUUAAGGAUGAAUUCUGUUAUUAUUUAAUACUCCUUGUGGAGGUUAUGUGAGUCUAUAAACUGAGGAAAUGUCUCUAUUCCCUCAACUUUUCCAUACUGACAUGUGACGGUGUGUGGUGACCUGCCUGACAGAUAUCCUCAGUGUACUCGGCAUAAGUAUUCCAUAACCCAGCAUAACCCCUACCAUGCCAACUCACUAAGGUUUUACUGCACUGGGUAACAUGUCUUGCAGUGGCUGACCUCAGUAUGUGUUGCAGUGCUGUGACAGAGUAUACCAGUGAAGAGAAUGAAAAACACACUCAGCUAUUAGGGUACCUCUUUAGCCAGGCUGGUGGACGAGCGGCUUCUCAUCUAGCUGGUCGUGGGUUUGGUCCUCGGUGCCGGGAACUCCUUCUGGGUCUGGAUUAAUUUCUCGUGUGUUUCGUGACGCGCAGAAGCCAUGUGGAUGUUGUCUGGAAAAGUGGAAUUCAGUUCAUUACAAGUACAGGAUUUUUUUUCAUUAUUGCAGUUUUAUUUUCAUUCAUGCAUUUUUUUUAUUCAUUAUUAUUUUCUUUUUUUGCCCUUGACCUGUUUCCUUUGCUGUUCUGCCAGGGACUGAAUAAUUUGUAGCAUCAUUACUAUACUAUUUGAUGCUAUUGAUGAUUACACUACUGUGGGAGUGAAGCAAGUCUAUCAUCAUUAUUAUUAUUAUUUAUUUUUAUUAUUUAUUUUUUCAUGUUCGGCUUUUAGCACCAGUAGGAUUUCUUGUUGGGGCCUGAUGGUCAAGUGUUGUUUAUAGUGGCACCAUCUUGCUUGGCUCAUGUUGCCCCUAUAAAGAGGAUGUGGGUGUUUGAGUCCCCAAAAUGUCAAAGAAUAUGGUCUAUAAUUAACAUUCUUUGAUAUAAGCUUUCCUUAAGUUAACUGUAUAUUCAGGUUUCCAUGUGUGUCAGUAAUGUUCUAUAUGUAUAUUUUGAAAGUAUAUUUUAGGAUAUGUAUUAUGUAUACUUCCUUAGCAAACCUUUCUAUAUUAUUAUCAGUGAGGUAGCCGUGUGUCUGAGUGGUUAUGUAUAUUCUGGUGAUACAAUAAUGAGGCUACUGUCUACAUUCUCAGCAUACUUUUAACUCCUGUCACUCUGUAUUCAGUUGUAAAAUAUCUGGGUAUUACGUAUAUUACUUUGGUGUUUAUCUAUGUCUUUACUCUUCUCACAAUUCUUAGCAUAUUUCUAACUCUUCUGUAACUCUGUAUUCAAUUGUAAAAUAUCAGGGUAUUACAUAUAUUACUUUGGUGUAUAUCUAAAUCUUCACCCGUCUCACAGUGAUGGAAAAACUAUUCAUUUCUGGUGAGUUUUGAUGUGCAUUUCUAUAUUCCAUACUUAACCUUCUGGCAUUACUUUACAUGCCAGAAGGUCAAGUUAAGUAUGGAAUAUACAUUUUUAACCCGGUAGCUGCAGGGAACAUGUAUCUUAAAAAGGCCCUUCUAAGCGAGAAAAAUGAGAAAAAAAUAAUCACUCACGGAAACCAUUUCAUUAUAUAUAUCAAUGCAUUUGUGAUCAGUUUAUGCAUCAUCUAUUUUGGGGGUUUUAUGUCAUGGCUAAAAUUUGGCCCGUCACUGCUACACGGUAAAGCCACAAAUUUGGCCCAUCGCUGCUACACGGUAAAGCCACAAAUUUGGCCCAUCGCUGCUACCGGGUUAAUUAAUCUACUAACUAGGACUCAAUGCAGAUACUACUAGGUUAUAAAAUUUGCCCCCUCCUCCCAUUUCGUCCUCUCUCAAUCCCCCCCAACCCAUUUCACCAUGUCAGCAGGAAAUGGUUAAAAAGAAAUGAAUUAGUAUGACCUGAUAUAUCAGAAAAAAGUGCCUAAUUAUACUGUGAUGGGUGCAAUACUAGAUAAAUACCAACUUUUCCAUAGCCAUACAUUAUUCAGGUUCCCUUGGGGUCAGGAAUAGACUAUAUGUAUAUUUUGACGACAUAUUUUUUUGUAUGUACAGACAGAACCACCUGAGGCAAAAUAUACACUGCUAUACGAUCAAAAG